AUGGCCGGAGACCAUUUAGCAAACGGCGCUCGUCUGGAUCGUUGGAAACACCCAAAGAGACCCAGGUCGAGACCACGAGGCCGCAUCCAACAACACCACGCCUCAACCUCCAUGGUCCAUGUCCUUCCUACUCUAUCCUCCACCCUCAUCCUUCUCUCCACCUUACAAUCAACCGUGACCGCGCAAUCCGUCCCGCUCCUGCCCCUCCGCGUCACCAACAACUGCAAAGAAUCCAUCUGGCCCGCCAUCCUGACCCAGUCCGGCACGGGUCCCCAGAGCUCGGGCUUUCUGCUGGACCCGGGCGACACCAUGCCCCAGACCGUGGGACUCGACUGGAAGGGCCGCGUGUGGGCGCGCACAAAUUGCAGUUUCCCCGCCGAUAACACCAAUUCGACGCCCGCGAGCGGCCAGGGAGGCAGUCCCUGCCAGACGGGCGAUUGUGGUAUGUUUCUGGAGUGUCAGGGCGCGGGACAAGCGCCGGCAACGUUGGCUGAAUUCACCAUGUCGUCAGACACCAACCAAUGCUUCUACGACAUCUCGCUGGUCGACGGCUACAACAUCCCCGUGGGCAUCAUCUCCCUGCUCGGGCAGACGGGUAAUCCAAAUUUGACCGACAUCCCUCCCAACUUGACGAACCCGGUCUGCAUCGGCACCUCGUCUCUCCUGUCUCCCGUCGGUAAUGCCCCGGACGCGAACCUUGGCACAAAUUCCACCUACCCGCUUCCUCUGGACCAAUCCGUAACCUCUUCCUUCGUGCAAGACUGGUGUCCCUGGCCGCUGCAGCUCACUCCACCCACCAAACCGGGCGACGGCGUCUACCCUUACCCCGACGACAACAUCCAACGACCCAUCUUCAACCCGUGCCUCAGCGCCUGUGCAAAGUGGAACAAAGCUAAGUACUGCUGUACCGGUAACCACGGUACGCCCGCCACCUGCUCGCCGAGCCUCUACUCGCAGCAGGCGAAGAAGCUGUGCCCCGACGCCUACAGCUAUGCCUAUGACGAUCAGACUUCCACCUUCAUCAUUCCCCAGGGCGGUGGGUUUGAAGUAGUAUUCUGUCCCGCGGGCAGAAGCACCAAGAUUCUGGUCACGUUCGGGGAUCAGCUGAGGCAGUUGGCACAGACCGGCCUGGCGACCAGGGAUAUCCUCUCGUUGGCGCAGAAUGUCACCUAUAUCAGGGAGAAGAGUGCUGCCGGACAGGUCACCCUGCCGGGCACUUUGCUGGUUGUCUUGGCGGGGCUAGUGCUGGCUUGGAUUGGAGAAUUCGGAGUUUUGCUCUAA